AUGGUGCUCAUCUUCAUCAUCGUCGCAGUCGUCGAUGUGGGUGCCUACCUUGCCGAGCCACCUCUGACACGUCUAUUUGAGGAGAAUCUAUGUCUCAAGUACUACCGCGAACAAGACCCUUCGGUGAUCGAUGGCGACGGAAGCAUACCAGAGCAGCUGUGCAAGGUGGAUGUGGUGCAGCAGAGACUCGCCACCAUUUUUGGCUGGCAGGACAUGUUCAGCGCGAUACCGGGCAUUCUUUUGGCUGUACCAUAUGGCACUUGGGCAGACAAAGUAGGGCGGAAGUGGAUCGUCACAGCAAGCUUGGUCGGGUUGGACCUUGCCUUCGUCUGGGUGAUGAUAAUAAGUAAGACGGCAUUGCACGAAUCUUGUACAUAUGCUAACGUAUGGGUAGCCUACUUCAAUUCUCUCCCUUUACAGCUGACGUGGUUCUCGAGCGCCUUCACGAUCAUCGGCGGCGGUCCAAUCGUAGCCAUGGCUAUCGGUGUAACGAUGAUCUCCGACAUCGUACCUCCAGAAAAGCGAACGACGGUCUUCCUAUACCUGACGGCCUGUGUCCUUGUUGCAGAAAUGCUGGCACCGAUAAUGGCAGCGAGGCUGAUGGAGAGCGGGAACUGGCUGCCUCUGCUAUUGUCACUAGCGAUACAGCUUAUGGGGGUUGUUGUGGCUUUGUUCGUCCCCGAGACGCUGCACCUGCGCGAUCUGCCUGAACCCAAGGACAGCGGAGACCAGGUCUUCGAGCUACAGCCCACGCCUACAACCAGCCACUUUUCGCUGCGAGCACAACUCCGCAACUUCCAGGAUGCAGUGCACUUCCUGAGGAGCGAUUGGACCUUGAGCUUGGUCGUCCUUACGUUCUUGGCCAAUAGACUGGGCAGACAGUGCAUCUCGCUCUUGGUCCGUUAUGCUUCAAAGCGUUACAACUGGGAGAUCAAGAAGGCCGCCUACUUGCUCUCAUUCCGCGCAGCCACCAACUUGGUGGCUGUCACUAUCUUGAUCCCACUAGCAAACUUCUUCCUCUUGAAGAAGCUGCGAUUCCCUGCACACUGGGCCGAUCUCUGGAUCGCACGCGGAUCCAUAGCUUUUACUACCAUUGCCUUCUUCGUCAUGGGUAUUGCCGCGCAUCCUUCACUUCUGAUCAUUGGGCUUCUCAUUUACAACAUGGGAACUGGCUACACCGCUGCAAUGCGAUCUGUUUCCAUUCAUGUUGUGGGCGGUCAGUCGAGUCCUGAUAUUGGCAAACUCAUGAGCACCAUUGCGAUUGCAGAAAGUAUUGGCGCCAUGAUCGCGGGCCCACUGCUGAGCGAGCUGUUCCAGGUGGGUAUUGGUCUUGGCGGCGCCUGGCUUGGUUUGCCUUUCUUGAUCUCCGUUGUGGUAUUCGCGUUCAUGACUAUCGUAACGAACUAUAUUGACGUGGGGGAUAAAGAACCGUCUUAUGUGCCAGUGCAUGACGAGGACGAGGAAGAGAUACGCACGAGUGCGCUGGACCACGAGGAACUCGCCAGGCAUAGAGACCUGCCAUGA